AUGGCUUACUUACCACUUACCCUGCGCAUUGCCAUGUUCAAUGCUGAUACACCAGUACCCAACGUUCUGGCCAAGCGGACACCGUCCUACGGUCACAUCUUUCACGAACUGCUGGUCAAAUCAGCUUCCCGCGUCGCACCCGGAUUAACAGUCGAAUCCGAGUAUUUCGAUGUUCAUCACGGCCUGUAUCCUGAAUCGGUUACCAAUUUCGACGCCAUAGUCAUCUCUGGAUCUGGAGCAAGCUCUUACGAAGACAAGGACUGGAUCAGAGAGCUAGACGCCUACGUCGCCAGAGUUCAUACUGAGCACCCUCAUAUUAAACUCUUUGGAAGUUGUUUUGGUCAUCAAAUCAUUUGUCAAAGCUUGUUCCGUGAAUCCGGCAUCUACGUCGAAAAAGACCCCAAGGGGAUGGAAGCUGGUGUUCACGCUAUUCAAUUGGAGACAGACUUCCUCAAAGCACUCGGAAGUUCGCAGAAUACACCUGAGCUAGCCCGACCGCCCACGCCAAUGUCUGAAAAUUCGCCCCCUUCUAUUCAAACGACAGAUAACACGAAACUGCGGCUGCAGUUCAUCCACGGCGAUCACGUCAAGAUCCCCGAAGGCAGGACGCUGCCUCCAAACUGGCUAUCGAUGGGUCGAACCGAGCACUGUGCAUUCCAAGGUGCCUAUCAACCAAACCAUGUGCUCACAUUCCAAGGACAUUUCGAGUUUGAUAGCUUCAUCAACACAGAAACGUGUAAGGCUUUUGGUAAAGCUUGGAAUUGGGAUCCGGAACUGGUUGCAAGCUCGAUCAGGGCUAUGGAGAAGGACGAUGAUUCGGAGGCUGCGGCGGAUAUGGUGAUGCGAUUCUUGCUUGAGGGCCGUGAUUCCAUGUUGGAUGAUGGAGGUCUGGUGAGCCCUCCGCUGGAGGAUUAG